CCACUGAGAUACACAGCUAUUCUUACCUAUACACUGAUUGGGAAAAUUGGUGUUACCAUCUUUUUGAGAAGUUAUUGUACAAUUUUCCCCAUAAUAUUUCUUUUGAAAAGGUUGACUUUCUGCCAAAAUAAUAUUAUUCCGCAUACCUUUUGUGAACACAUCGGCUUAGCCAAAUAUGCUUGUAAUGACAUUCGAGUGAACAUCUGGUAUGGACUUUUUGUAAUAAUAACGACAGUGGUUUUAGAUGUCCUGUUAAUUUUUGUUUCCUAUGUGUUGAUUCUCCAUGCUGUCUUCCACAUGUCUUCCCAAGAUGCUCGUCAGAAAGCUCUCAACACAUGUGGUUCCCAUGUCUGCAUCAUCAUCCUCUUUUAUGGGCCUGCCAUCUUCACUACUCUUACUCAGCGGUUUGGACGCCACAUUCCUCCUCAUAUCCACAUUUUGCUUGCUAAUGUCUGCAUUCUGGUUCCACCUAUGCUGAAUCCCAUCAUAUAUGGGAUCAAGACCAAGCAAAUCCGAGAGCAGGCUGUUCACAUGUUUUUCCCAAAGCAGGAAUAA